AAAGCAGUGCGUCUAGCACAUUUAAGAGAUCCCGACUCGUCAAAGCCAACCUCCGCACUCAACUUGUAUUCCCAGUCUCCCACCCCAUCUGGGAGCACUGUCGAAUAACAGCUUCAGUGUGGCAAUUCAUUGUCCGGGCUGUUCUGCUUUUGUGUCCCCCAUCUUCAAGUAGGAUCUCCAGUGAUGUUGUAUUCUUUAGACGGUAUUUAAUAGCUCUGUGGGAUAUCGAAGGCCGGGAGCACAAGGGAGAGGAGGGUUCGAUGACAAGGAGUAGUGUUUGACACCACAGAAUUCGCGUAAGGGUUUGAGCGGUAGAGUGCGAAGACUUAACGAUGUCGAUUUUCGGGUGUCAAGAUGGCGACCUGGCAACCAUCCAGGGGUUCCUGGGUGCGGUGCCGAACGCCACCGGGUUGAGCUCGUUUCUGUGCGAUAAGCUCAACUUGAUCGAUGGGCGCCUCGGCUCCACUAAGCUGGCGGUGGACAAUACGUAUCUCCUGUUCUCCGCUUACUUGGUGUUUGCCAUGCAGCUGGGCUUCGCCAUGCUGUGCGCCGGUUCCGUGCGAGCUAAAAACACCAUGAACAUCAUGCUCACCAACGUCCUGGAUGCUGCUUGCGGUGGCAUUUCCUACUACGUGUUCGGAUUUGCCUUCGCAUUCGGGUUGGGAGGCAAGACCAACGGCUUCAUCGGCCACUUCAACUGGGGCCUGAACGGAUUUCCCAACGGCACCUUCGAUUACAGCUUCUUUCUGUUUCAGUGGGCGUUCGCAAUUGCGGCUGCCGGUAUCACAUCCGGGUCGAUUGCGGAGCGGACGCAGUUCGUGGCGUACCUGGUGUAUUCGUCGUUCCUGACGGGAUUCGUGUACCCGAUUGUGUCUCACUGGCUGUGGUCGGCGGAUGGAUGGCUGUCGGCUUCCAAAACUGUCGGUCCUGGUGGACUUCUGUUCGGCAGCGGUGCGAUCGACUUUGCGGGAAGCGGUGUGGUGCACAUGGUGGGGGGCGUUGCUGGAUUCUGGGGCGCCCUGAUUGAGGGACCUCGCAUUGGGCGGUUCGACAAGUCUGGGAACUCCACCAAUUUCCGUGGCCACAGCGCGACGUUGGUGGUGUUGGGAACGUUCCUGUUGUGGUUCGGAUGGUACGGGUUCAACCCCGGUAGCUUCCUGACGAUAUUGCAGCCAUACGAGGGGGUAAAGGGCCACUGGUCUGGCGUGGGCAGGACCGCGGUGACGACGACGUUAGCAGGAUGUACCGCGGCCGUGACGACGCUGUUCGGAAAGAGGUUUCUGGACGGGCACUGGAACGUGCUGGAUGUGUGCAACGGGCUGCUGGGCGGGUUCGCGGCGAUCACUGCGUCGUGCUCCGUGGUGGCUCCAUGGGCGAGUAUCCUGUGCGGGUUCGGGUCUGCGUGGGUGUUGAUCGGGUUGAACAAGCUCGCCGCCCGGUUGCACUUUGACGAUCCUCUGGAAGCUGCCCAGCUUCAUGGUGGUUGCGGAGCGUGGGGUCUGCUGUUCGUGGGUCUGUUCGCUGAGAAGAAUUACGUGAACCAGGUGUACCAGACCACUUUCGACAGACCGUAUGGCUUGUUCAUGGGAGGCGGUGGCAAGCUGCUUGCGGCCCAAAUCAUCGAGAUCAUCAGCAUUGCCGCAUGGGUGACGGUGACGAUGGGUCCGUUGUUCUAUGGGCUUCACAAGUUCCGGUUGCUGCGGAUCACACCCCAAGACGAGAUUGCGGGCAUGGACGUGACAAGGCACGGAGGAACGGCGUACAUCCACCAUGACAAUUCGGAGCACCAUCUGCAGAUGCACACUAUCAAUGGUCAAAAGCGGACUGAUAAUGAUCAGAUGCCAAUCUAAGUUUGUCGUCCAAACUGAGGGCACUGAUAUGAACUGGAAAGUACUCGGCUAAUUAGCUGACUAUGCUUUGAUAACCUCCGCGGCUUCCCUGCUCCGUGGCAUCGAAUUAGUAAUGUUUCUCCAGACUACAUAUAUCUGUAGGUAGCGCUUUAGAUAAAUGACAACAUCUUUUGAUUCUGCUGGCGUCGUGCAUCAAAUUAAAGGGCAGUGGUUUGUUGUACUUUAGGCUAAUUUGUGUAGGUCAAGCAUUUGAGGUGGCGGUUUACCUUUGAGUGGAAAUGGAAUAGUUAGAUCAGUUUCCGUGGGUGGUAGUCGCCUGUGAAAAUGCCCAUAAGAAAUGUCAUUUGAUUUCCAACAGUAUCGUUAGAAUUGAGUAUGAUCUACGUCUCUGGAAAUGAAUUUACGGCAGCUCACGCUGAGAGUAGUCAAGCAAUAGAUUUACUGGAGUAGAACUGGAGUUGUCAACAGCAGUUUGUGCACUUAUCCAGCCACAUGUAUCAGCACUAUGUUGACCACAAUCCAAAUUAUACAAUUGAAUUUUAUGUUAGGUCUAUUAGGUUCCUAUCAAAGCUUAUUUU